GAGACACGGAAUCAAAGUCAUUUUUCCUUCUUCAUAGGCUUCGACCUUUCUUUUCUGACUUCGUUGCAGUUGGUGAUUUAACUAAGACCGGAAAGCCGCGCAGAGAACCAAACGGGGGCGCCGAGAGCCUUACGUAGCUCGGGCUUGUUCCUCUCCCUUCCCCUCCCCACGACGGUGGUGGGUUGGGCUGGCCCCGGGUCAGGAGGCGUGGGGGCGGAAGCCGCGAGGGUGCCUGUGGCUGUCAGAGCCAGAGCCGGGAGACUGAGCUGAAACCUAAGCGAGCCGGCCAUGGAGGGUCAUCGCUGGCUGCCUCUGGAGGCCAAUCCCGAGGUCACCAACCAGUUUCUUAGACAAUUAGGUCUGCAUCCCAACUGGCAGUUUGUUGAUGUGUAUGGUAUGGAACCUGAACUCCUUAGCAUGGUGCCACGACCAGUCUGUGCAGUAUUGCUUCUCUUUCCAAUUACAGAAAAGUAUGAAGUAUUCAGAAUAGAAGAGGAAGAAAAAAUAAAAUCAGAAGGACAAGACGUCACAGAAUCAGUAUAUUUCAUGAAGCAAACCAUCAGUAAUGCCUGUGGAACAAUUGGGCUGAUCCACGCCAUUGCUAACAACAAAGACAAAAUGAAUUUUGAAUCUGGAUCAACAUUGAAAAAGUUCUUGGAAGAAUCUCUAAGUAUGAGUCCUGAAGAAAGAGCCAGAUACCUAGAAAAAUAUGAAGCUAUUCGAGUUACUCAUGAAUCGAGUGCCCACGAAGGUCAGACAGAGUCGUCCUCGCCAUCCUCAUCCCAGCCUCAUUCUAGCCACUGCAGAACGAAGGCCUCACCAUUGUGUCACCAUGCAUCCCUGCCCUGGGUCAAACGUAACCAUGUAGGUCCAGCAAAGGCUACCAGCCCAUCUCUCCGUCUUCGUCGCUGGCGGCCCUUCUUACGCCUGCCGUCUGUGGGGCUUCAUUCUGUUGCACCAAGUAUAGAUGAAAAAGUAGAUCUGCAUUUUAUUGCAUUAGUUCAUGUAGAUGGGCAUCUCUAUGAAUUAGAUGGGCGCAAGCCAUUUCCAAUUAACCAUGGGAAAACUAGUGAUGAUACCUUAUUAGAGGAUGCCAUAGAAGUUUGCAAGAAGUUCAUGGAACGUGACCCGGAAGAAUUAAGAUUCAAUGCAAUUGCUCUUUCUGCAGCAUAGCUUAUGAAGAGUGAGGACACCAGUACUGUAUUAUUUGUAACAAAAAUAAAAUUCUUCCUGCCAUACACCAGUACUCACAAAUUUUGAUAUUUUCAUGAUGAUAUUGAUGAUACUGACCAAUAAUAGUUUAUGUGGAUUAAACUUUGAAUUAAUCUGUAUUUUGUGUCUUUUUUCUCUCAUAAUGUAUGGAAGAUCAACUGUCCUAUUUUUAAAAAAUAAAAUCCAAAGUAACUCAGCAUAA